AUGCAGGCCAUUCCAAGGACUGAAUCCUUUCAGAUCAAUUCUGGAUCUACUGCUGGAUCUAUGACCAUCUCCGCUAUGGAUGAAGUCGUUCAUUCACUCGCUUCACAACAUUCGCAAAAACAUUCGGAAGCACUAUUGCUCUCACCGGUAGCAAUAGCACCUAAUAAUUCGAGUAUAAAUAUUUCCUGGUUGCGGGACUCGUCCUCCCUGUCUCCAAAUCAUCAGCAUCAGCCGUUGUUGGGCUCAUCAACCAGCACUUCGAUGCCAUGGAUACCACCUCCUGCUGAACCUACGACGCCUACAGCAAAUUCUAUAAUGCAAUUGGACUAUGACCCUUCCUUUCUGGGGCUUGGUCCACCCGUCAGUAGUGGUUGCUCGACUGUUGUUGGGAGCCCGUUAGAAUUAUCACCGCAGCCUUCAAGGGGAUCUAGUCCAAAUCCAUCUUCCUCUGGGAGAUCUAUUAUUGGGAAGGAUGCACCUAACUUUGUUCACAAGCUGAGAGGAAUGAUUUCUGAUCGGAUGUACCAGCACCUGAUCAGCUGGAACUUUGCAGGCACAAGUUUCGUAGUCACCAAUGUGAACGAGUUUAGUAAAGAAGUGCUGCCUAAACACUUCAAACACAACAACUUUUCAAGUUUUGUCCGUCAGCUCAACAUGUACGGCUUCCAUAAAGUAAACAAGCUACCCCGUGGAAGCAAGAACAGUGACACAAUCCAAUUCGAAUUCUCACAUUCCAAGUUUCUACGUGAACGACCAGACUUGACAGACCUGAUAAAACGAAAGUCACUAGACUCGGAUGUCUUGAGACGAGAAAAUGGAGAUAUUACUGCCAGUGUUCAAGUGAUGCAUAUGCAACAAACGGAUAUGAUGCGUGAAUUCAAUUCAAUGAAGCAUUUGGUACAAGACGUGCUGAGAGAGCUGCAAGAGUGUCGGAAGAGGCAGGCGGUGCAUCAGAGUGUUAUUCAGAGGCUGGUUGGGUAUAUUCAUUCCAAUGGACGUCCAAUACCUCCAGAACUAGACAUGGAACUCUAUGAACGAGAGCUCAGCAGCAAACGCAUAGAAACACCCAACAUUUACAUACAUCCACCACCUGAAUCCCAACCACAACAGUCACGGCAUCAACAACAAAGCUAUAGCUCACUUAUGCAAGCAUUCGAUUCGCAAAUCAACUACACUCGAACACCACAAGUCUCUGCCACAUCGUCGCUUCAACCACCAUCAACACCUAGCCCAUACUUUUCGCCGUCGCCACAAUCGUCUCGGUUGUCACCAUGCAAUACACCGACGUCUCAAACAAGUGGUGGUGUCUCUGAUUCUGAUGUGAAUACGGAUGGUGUCGGAUGGCCGUCGCUGAAUGGAGAGUACAGUGGGCAGUGA